GAGCGAGCGGCUGGGGGAGGGGGGUGACGAGCCCCGGCUCAGCACCUCGGAGAGCUCCCUCCCCGGCCUUGUUUUGCUCCUGAAUCGCUGCCGGGGGAGGGAGCGAAGGGGCCGGGCACCAGGCGUCGAGGCCAAGGGGAUGGCAGUGAAGAGGGCGAAAGGUCCCGGGGGGCAGAGGGCCCAGCCGUGAUCCUGCGAGGGGGGCCAGGGCUCCGGGUAGGGUGGGGGGGCAGCGGGCGGCGGCAGCAGUGGCCGCACAUCUGAAUGGAAGCGAGCUUUGUCCAGACCACCAUGGCUCUGGGGCUGCCCUCCAAGAAAGCAUCUUCCCGCAACGUGAUCGUGGAGCGCAGGAACCUGAUCACCGUGUGCAGUUUGGAAUCCUCUGUGGUCACUCGAGUCUCACCCGCCCUCACAUCACACCCAUGCCCUUCGUUCUCUGUGAAAACCUUACUAGAGAAGUACACAGCAGAGCCCAUCGAUGACUCAUCCGAGGAGUUUGUGAAUUUCGCAGCCAUUUUGGAGCAGAUUCUCAGUCACCGUUUCAAAGCUUGUGCCCCAGCAGGUCCAGUGAGCUGGUUCAGCUCAGAUGGGCAACGGGGCUUCUGGGACUAUAUCCGACUGGCCUGCAGUAAAGUGCCCAACAACUGUGUGAGCAGCAUUGAGAACAUGGAGAACAUCAGCACAGCCCGAGCCAAGGGCCGGGCAUGGAUCCGGGUGGCUCUGAUGGAGAAGCGCAUGUCAGAAUACAUCACCACAGCUCUUCGGGACAACCGAACCACCAGACGGUUCUAUGACUCCGGAGCCAUCAUGCUACGGGAGGAAGCCACUGUCCUCACAGGGAUGCUGAUCGGGCUCAGCGCCAUUGACUUCAGCUUCUGUCUAAAGGGCGAAGUUCUGGACGGGAAGACGCCGGUGGUCAUCGAUUACACACCCUACCUAAAAUUCACCCAGAGCUACGACUACCUGACGGAUGAGGAGGAGCGGCACAGUGCGGAGAGCAGCACCAGCGAGGACAACUCGCCUGAGCACCCCUACCUGCCUCUCGUCACCGACGAGGACAGUUGGUACAGCAAGUGGCACAAGAUGGAACAGAAGUUUCGCAUUGUCUAUGCGCAGAAGGGAUACCUGGAGGAGCUGGUGCGUCUUCGCGAGUCGCAGCUGAAGGACCUGGAGGCGGAGAACCGGAGGCUGCAGUUGCAGCUGGAGGAGGCUGCAGCGCAGAAUCAGCGUGAGAAGCGGGAGCUGGAAGGCGUGAUCCUGGAGCUGCAGGAGCAGCUGCCUGAUCCCCCUUCCCCUCCCAGGACAGGUCUGAUCCCCGGUGACCAUGCCCCCCUGGCCCAGGGUUCCAAGGAGUUCACUACAUCCCUGGUCAACCAAUGGCCCUCCCUGAGCACACUCAAUAGGCCUGAGGGUGCCGGCAGCUCCAAGCUAUAUCGGAGACACAGCUUCAUGAGCACCGAACCGCUGUCUGCAGAAGCCAGCCUGAGCUCAGACUCCCAGCGCCUGGGAGAGGGCAAGCGGGACGAGGAGCCCUGGGGCCCCAUCGGGAAGGACCCCACGCCCUCCAUGCUGGGCCUCUGCGGCUCCCUGGCCUCCAUCCCCAGCUGCAAGUCCCUGGCGAGCUUCAAAUCCAACGAAUGCCUGGUGAGCGACAGCCCAGAGGGCAGCCCGGCACUUAGCCCCAGCUGAGGAGCAGCAUGGGCAAUGUCAGCCCCACCUGCCAGGGGCCACGGACAACUGCCACCUUUGAGUCCCCCAACCCAGGCAACCCUUCGAGAACGCUGCCCACCUAGCCGAGGGUCUCUAGGGAAAGACAACCCAAGCCUCUUUUGUGCUUCUGGCCAAGGAGGCAGGAGCUGUACUUGGAAGUGGCAAGACCAGGAGGAAGGGGCACCCAGGUCACAGGUAGUCAGUCCCCUGGGAAGGCUGCUCCAUUCUGGUGGCCCUGAAGUCUACCUGGGUCCCUUUGCUCAUCUUCCACACCUGCCUCAGGAGCAGGUGGGCCAGCCCUGGCAUUCCUGCUGCCCUGCCUCUGGUCUGUCCCUGUGUACCCUCUGAAGUCACCCUUCCUUGGUACCUAUGUGGGGAGAUUAGGCAAAUAAAAACCAGAGGACUAA